UCCUGCGCAUGCGCCGGCUCUUGACGGCCCGCCGUCGCCCGGAGAUGGGGCUUUCCAGCUAAAUAAUUCCAACCAACACCAAAUAUUGUGAGACUUGGCAACACUGCAAUUCCCAACCCAGUCUCAGUGCCAUGGAUUUCCCUCUGAUGUUUUAGAAACAAAAUGGUGACCCUGAGGAGGAGAGUGUUUCCAGCCAGUGGGCAGUAGUUGCGUAACAUGGCUGCCUGCUUUGAGAACUUUUCUGUAGCUACUAGUACCAAAGGAGCAGAUGUGCAGAUCGGGAAAACGUCAAGAGGUUACAAGGUCGCCUCCAUUCCUUAUAAAUACCAGACAAGAGUGAUCCCAAACUCAGAAAAAAAGGGGUUUAAUUCUCAAGCAAAGAGGUUUCAGUAUAACCAGAAUGAAAUUCCAGGGCCGGGAUUCUAUAACGUCGUUCACCAAUCUGCAGAGAUUAACAGCACCUCACUGUCAAAGAAGGGAACGGGCUACUUUCCUUCCAUGGAUGCUCGUCUCCUACACAAUAGAAAACCCAGCUACCCUGCCGCAAAUGCCUACAACCUCUCGUUGGCAUUUCAAUCCAAGCAAGAUUUCAGCAUGGGAAACUCCAGCAUGUUUCAGCAACCAAUCGCUAAGAGGAGAGAGCAAACGUCCACCCCAGCGCCCAAUCAAUACAACGCCUCUCUAGAUUUCUGCAAGCAAAGCAACAACGUGUGUGCCCGGGCGAUGUUUUUGUCCAAAACGACAAGAGGAUUAAGCACUGAUAAAACAGAAAAAUGGCCUUCUCCAUGCCAUUACAGAAUCAACGAAUCCCUUGUCAAGAAGUCCCCCAGGAUUCUAGUGUCUUGCUUCAAAUCAAAUACUCAUCGUGAAACAAAGGUGAAUACAAUAAGCCCAGGGCCUGCAGCCUAUCAGCUAAACAAACCCACUAAAGCAGCAAAGAAGACCACUUCCAUGCGAAAGCAAAACUUGAAUUUCUCUGCCCCAGCCAUACCACCCCCAAAAAAUCCACCUUUGCCUGGUCCAGGGCAGUAUGAAAUAGUGGACUACAAAGGCCCACCAAAGCAUUACAUCUCUAGUGCUGUAUUUGUCUCAAACACGGGACGGUGGAGAGGGGACACAUCUCAGCAAGGGAUACCUGGGCCAGGUACUUAUCUGCCAGAAGUACCAGGGAAGCAGUCCUUUAUGUACAAUAUUGAUAACAAGUGGAUUCCAGUUCUGUAGGCAUCACAGCCCACAUAUUUUGGAGAAAUUCUGCGAAGACUGGACUUCAUUCAAAACCAGCAGUACAUCCGCUAACGCACGAGCAAGCUACAGUGUCCCCAGCACCCAUGUUUUCACUGUCUUUGUUGUCUGGCAUCUGAUACUGGUAUUUUGCACAUAUUGCAAACUGAAAGGUGAUCAUUAGGCUGAAAUUGACUAAGAUCUUCCAAUUAAGCUGACACUGAACAAUUCAUGCAAAUAUUGUUUGAUUAUUUUUUACCCUAUGGAAUUAGUGAUCAUGUAUCUUUGGCGCUGAUCAAUUCUGGCCGUAUAUCGGCCAAUCACGUGAAACACGGUAUACUUGCGGUAAUCUAUAUCUUGCUUUUUAUCCCCAGUUGUCUUGGUUGGAACAGUGGUUCAGCUGAUCCUCCAUUUAGGCCUUUGGCUUUUAGAAUGCAUGUGUGGUGCUGGAUUAGUGCACUCUCUCCCUGUAAACACAAAAUAAAGCUCUGUGUGUUCUAGUCA